AUGGAGAAGUACAAACUUUUUUUAAACGAAAUAAAAGAAGAAAAUAUAAAGAUAGGGAAAAAGAUAAUAUAUGUAAAUAAUAGAACAAAAUACAAACACAACAAUGGAAUAAAAAUAGAAUACAAUAAAUAUUUUAUAGAUAGUUACGAAAAUGAGAAAGAUAAAAAUGUGUAUAAAUAUUAUAAACACAAAAUAUUAAAGAGUAAAAAAAAAAAAAUAUAUUUAAAUAAUGAUUUUCCAUAUUUUGAAAUAUAUAAAAAUACAAAUGAUGCAUUUAAAAAUAAUUUAAGAGGAUAUAACAUUUUAAAAUUGCUGAACAAUUAUAAUGAAUUACAACUAUUUGAUGUGUCUUCAAAACAUAAAUUAGAAAAUAUAAAUUAUUUAUAUAAACAUUUUAUAGAAAUAAUAAUAAAAAAAAGAGAUUUAUAUAAUAUUAACCAUAUAUUAACAUUAACAAAAAAUAUAAAAAAAAUUAAUUAUUAUAAUCCUUAUUUUUGUAAAUUAAUAUGUAAAGAAAUAUGUUUAGAUAUAUAUAAAAUAAAAAAUCUUUAUCAUAUAACAGGGUUUAUAGAUUUCUUAAUGCAUUUUAAUAUAUUCAAUUUUUAUUAUUUAAAUAAAAUUUAUAAAUAUAUUAUUUAUUUAAUACUUGAUAAUAAUAAAUGGAAACUUAAUACAGAUAUUAUAAUAAGUCAGAAUUAUUUAAAAGAUAAAAAUAUACAAAUAGUUGAAAAACAAACACCAAAUGAUGAAGAAACAGAUAAUGAUCUUUUAUUGAUUGAACCAAAUGAUAUAAUUAUUUUAUCUGAAUCUUUUUUUAAAUAUAAAUAUUUUGAUAUAAAUUUAUUAUUAUUAAAAUUAUAUUUAUGUAAUCAUGAUAAAUAUCCAAAUUUAAGAAAACCAAAUGUGUUAUAUAAUUUAUCAAAAUUAUGUAACUAUUAUAUUUUUAUAAAUAAAAAUUAUACAUCAUAUUUAUUAUCAAAUAUAUGUAAAAAUGUUAUUAUUGAUAUGAAUAAUUAUACCGAUUUAAAUGAUAGAAUUUUACUAUUAAAAAGCUUUUAUAAUAUUUUAGAAUUUUGUAAAAACGAAGUAAAUUUUGACAUGUACGAUAUAAUUAUAGACAAUUUAAAAUAUCCGAAUAAAUCUGAAUUUUUAAAAGAAAACCAAAAUAUUCAACAAGGGGAAGAAGAAGGCAUAUCGAGUUAUAUCUUAACAAAAAAAAGCAAGGCAGAAAAAAGCAAGGCAGAAAAAAAUACCGAUUACCAUAAAAAUGGUAAAGUUCCAUCUCUAAAUUAUCCCAUAAAAUUGCAUUCAUUCUAUAGUGAUAGUGAUAUAAAUUUAAAAAAACAUAAAAUAAAUUAUGGCUAUACAACUUUUGACAUUUUAAAAAAUAUAGAAAAAUUAAAUUUAUCAAAUAAUAAAAUAGGUACUAUAUUUGACACAAUUAAAUAUAUUAUUUUAUUUAUUGAAUUAAAAAUUUUGUCUAUGUUUCCUUUUAAGAAAAAAAAUAUAGCUGAAAUAAAUUUUUUAAAAAGAAAAAAUUUUGAAAGAGAUAAUGAUAAAAAUAUUUAUAAAUAUAUUUCACAAAAUAUAAACAAAAAACAAAAUGAUUACAUUGAACAGAUACUAAAAAGAAAUAAAAAUGAACAAGAAGAAUUUGAUGAUUCUAGUAUGGAUUUUUUAUUUUAUUUAAAUUAUAAAAAUGUUCAGAAUGAUAAAUAUUAUUUAGGAGACUCCACAAAAGAAGAAAAUGAAGCCAUAGCAGAUCAGAUCAAGCAUAAAUACGCAAAUAUGACCCAACAAAAUGGUGAAAAAAAUGGUGAAAAAAAUGGUGAAAAAAGUGAUGAAAAUGAACAAGAAAAACCAAAAGAGAAAACCCCCGAUGUUACAUCAGAAGAUAUUGAUAACUACAUAAAAAAUAAAAAAAAUAUUCAAUUUAAUUUAAACGAUGAUACUUAUUAUUCUCACAUAUUUUUCCACUUAUCUUCUAUACAGCUUAGUAAAACAGAAGAGGAAAUACUAACAAGCUGUAUUAAUGAUUUACUCUCUUUUAAAAAAUAUUUGCAAAUCUUUGAUGUGAAUAACAUAGCUGAGUUGUUUUAUUGUGUAACUAUCUUUCAGAUUAUUCGAGGGUUCCAAUCGGGUACAAUAAUAAAAAACAAAUAUGGAUAUUCCAGAAUAAAAAACAAAAAGGAAAAUGAGGAACUAUAUAAAAUAUUGUCCGAUAUUAUAAUUAAGAAAAUUAUUAACAUAAAGGAAGAAAAUUUAUACAAAGUAAUUUUAUCCUGUGCAAAUACUGCUUAUUCGGACGUUUAUUUGAAUCACUUUUUAAAAAAUUUUAAUAGAUAUAUAAAAUUUAGUAAGAUGAGAAAAUUUAUAAAUUGUUAA